AUGUCGUCGCAAGCAACACUUCCGAUCUCAAGUCAAUCCACCAAUUCCUCCGCCACCGGCAGCCAAUCCCAGCCUCCCAUCGCAACCCCAGCCUUCCGCUCCUUCAUCAACCGCCUUACCUCCUCCGUCCGCCAAGGCUUCUCCCAACGCCGCCCAUGGCUGGAACUUCUAGAUCGCUCCGCCUUCGCCCGCCCAGAUACUCUCACGGAAGCCGCCUCCCGCAUCCGCAAAAACUUCAACUAUUUCCGCGUCAAUUACAUUUCCCUACUCGCUCUCGUACUCGCCGUCUCCCUUCUCUCUCACCCUUGGUCUCUCCUCGUCCUGUUCGCCCUGCUGGCAUCCUGGUGCUUCCUUUACCUGUUUAGGGCUUCGGAUCAGCCUCUCGUGAUUUUGGGUCGCACUUUUUCUGACCGGGAAACCCUCUUGAUGUUGGUCGUUUCCACCAUAGUUGUGGUGUUCCUCACAUCCGUUGGAUCGCUUCUCAUCUCCGCUUCAUUAGUUGGGCUGGCUAUUGUUUGUGCCCACGGCGCUUUCAGGAUUCCCGAGGAUCUGUUCUUGGACGAUCAAGAACCUGCUAACGUUGGUUUCUUGUCCUUCUUAGGCGGAGCCGCCUCCUCCGCUGCCGCCGCCGCCGCUCCUACCGUGGCUGCUCGUGUCUAG